GUAGUCCUCUCUGAUGAUCAACCUCAUCCUUGCAAUUGGUCGUUGAGUGUUUAGGUGACGCGGAUCACCAGUUAUAAUCCAACUUUCAAGUUGAUCUGUGAAGAGUGGACAUGUGGACGGACAGCUGAGCGAGCGCAACGUUCCGCGAGCCGACCCGCUCUGCAUUCAAUUGCGAAUGAAUGUGUAACAUGAGGUGGACACCCGACGGUAGUUGAUCUUAUUGACAAAAAAUAUCUCUACGGCUUAUAGUUAAAGCAACGAUGCCCUCCUUCGCCAGCAACGAUCACGUCCCAGGCCUCGGCUCCUCAAUGCCCUACAUCAUCAAGUUCACAAACUGCUUCCUCGCGUUCCCCACCUCCCCGACCUCCACUCUCAUCCCCCAAGACCUCUGGAUCGACGUCUCAACCGGCCUCAUCCUCGACGCCCAACGCGCCUUCUACCAUGCAAAACAAGUCCCGAACGAGAUCAUCGACCUACACGGCGCGAUCCUCGCCCCCGGUUUCGUCGAGUUACAAGUCAACGGCGGUGUCGGGUUCGAUUUCUCCGUUUGGCCUUCCGGUCCUAAUGCAGAAGAAGAAUACAAGAAUGGGGUUGAACGGGUGAGUCAAGAGUUAGUCCGCUACGGCGUAACCUCUUACCUCCCCACGAUCAUAACCCAACACCCAGCGCACUACCACCGCGCCCUCCCCCACCUCCGGCCAAACCCACUCGCGCCGCCGGGCUGGGGAGCGGAGGUGUUGGGCGCGCAUUGCGAAGGGCCAUUUUUGCAGUCGAGGAAGAAUGGGUGUCAUGACAUCUCCCUCCUCCGCACCCUUACCCCAUCCUCAGACGAGCCGACGGUGCGAGACGACGCCAUGAAAUCGAUGGAGGAAUGCUACGGCGAAACCAACAUGCACUGCAUCAAACUCGUCACCGCCGCCCCCGAACUCCCCGGUAUGCUCCCCCUCAUCCCACACCUCGUCUCCCGCGGCAUCACAUUCUCCAUCGGACACACCUCCGCAAGCUUAUCCGUCGCACGAGAAGCGGUGAGGAGGGGUGCGAGGAUGGUUACGCAUCUUUUCAAUGCGAUGGGGGUCAUGCAUCAGCGGGAUCCGGGGGUUGUCGGGCUACUCGGUGACCCUAUCUCCAUCCACCCGCCUCCCCUUCCCUCGACGAAGAUCGAAUCCCAGCACAACGGAGAAGGAGAGUAUGAGGAGGAUGGGGAAAAAACAGACGGAAACGAAGACCGCCUCUUCUACGGCCUAAUAACAGACUCGAUCCACGUCUCUCCCUCCUGCAUAACGAUUGCCCACCGCUCCCACCCCACCGGCACGAUCCUCACAACAGACGCCAUGGCCCUCCUCGGUCUCCCCGAUGGCACGCAUUCCUGGACCGGUGCCUCCAUCACCAAGCAUGGAAAGAAACUCACACUCACGGGCGUGAAGGGUAAGGACGGGGAAGAGGUGAUCGCGGGCAGUGCGGUGAGUAUGGACGAGUGUUUGAGGAAUUUCGUGGGGUGGACGGGGUGUGGGGUUGUAGACGGGAUCAAGACCGUUACUGCGCAUCCUGCGCGGGCGAUUGGUGUCCACGACCGUAAAGGAUCUCUCAAACCGGGGAUGGAGGCGGAUUUGGUGGUGCUUAGCCCUUGGGUAGAAGAGGAUGAUGGGAUGGGAUUGGAGGUGUUGCAGACAUGGAGGAGGGGGGUGAAGGUUUUUGAUAGGGAGUGGGAGAGGGAGGAGGUUGGGAAUGGUGGGGUUGGGGUUGGGAGUGGAAUUGUUGUGCAUGGGGAUGGACAUGGGCAUGGUGAUCCUGAGUAAGGAGCGAAGGUGAUACCCUACUGUAGGCAGGCUCUCUCAGGGUACCCGUGGUCGCUCCGUCACGUCUCGCGCUGGCGGUUCGUUGUACUGUAGGCACAUGCGUGGGAAGCUGGCGACUUGCGGACGG